UCCCGGCACCAGGAGGAGGAAGAGGAGAGCCAGGACCGGCGAGCUGCCACUGCCCAAGCGAGGGCGAUCCGGCGGGGCUUGUGGCGCCAGAGCCAGUGGACUGCUCAACUAAUUCCAAGCACAGCACUCGGGAUGUCUUCUGGGGACAGAGACGCUCAGGAGGACGAGCUCCUUGCUCUGGCCAGUAUUUAUGAUGAAGACGAAUUCAAGAGAGCGCCCUCAGGGCGGGGAGGAGAGAUCCAAGUUUUAGUGGACCUGCCUGAGGACUUCACCCUGUUGUGGAGUGGCAAGCAAGCAGAGAAUCUUCAGAAUAACAGGUUUGAAUGCACAGUUUCCUUUUUACCUCCAAUAGUGCUGAACUUUGAAUUUCCAGCAGAUUACCCGUCAGCUUCCCCACCUGCAUUCACCCUCAGCAGUGAGUGGCUUUCCCAAGAACAGCUCACUGAACUUUGCAAGCACUUAGACACCUUAUGGGAAGAAAACAAAGGCUCUGUGGUUUUGUUUGCCUGGAUACAGUUUCUCAAAGAAGAAACCCUUGCCUAUCUGAAUAUUACCUCUGCUUUUGAACCAAGAAUAUGUGGACAAGAGCAAGAGCAAAGCAGGACAAACGACGAGGAAGUUUGCUAUGGUGCAGCAUGUGGUGCCAUGGCACAGGAAGAAACCCCUAACAGAAGAGCCAGAUUGAUCAGAGAAAUUCUAGAUUUUGACCUUGCUCAACAAGAAAAACGCUUCAACAGUAAAAUGCAUACUUGCAAUAUAUGCUUUUCGGACAAGUUGGGAAAUGAAUGUAUGCUAUUUCUGGACUGUAGGCAUGUGUACUGCAAGGCGUGUGUAAAGGAUUACUUUGAAAUUCAAAUCAAAGAUGGGCAAGUCCAUUGCCUGAACUGUCCAGAACCAAAAUGCCAUUCAGUUGCAACUCCAGGGCAGGUUAAAGGGCUGGUGGAAGAGCACCUUUUUGCCCGUUACGACCGCCUGCUGCUUCAAUCCACCUUGGACUUGAUGACAGACGUAGUAUACUGCCCACGUCCAGGCUGCCAAACACCGGUGAUGCAGGAGCCAUCUUGUACUGUUGGCAUUUGUUGCAAUUGUGGUUAUGCCUUCUGUACAGUCUGUAAGAAAACUUAUCAUGGUGUCCAGUCUUGCAAAAUUGCUUCAGGGAAGUUUGCCGCAUUUUUGAAGGAGUAUCUUGCAGCAGAUGAAACCACUAAAAGGUUUUUAGAGAAACAUUAUGGGAAAAGACUACUCCGAUCGGCUGUAGAGGAAAUAGAAAGUAAGGAAUGGUUGAAAAACUAUUCAAAAUCGUGUCCUUCUUGCAGAGCUCCUAUAGAGAAGAUAGACGGCUGCAAUAGAAUGACAUGCACUUCGUGCAAUAAGAACUUCUGCUGGCGUUGUAUGACUCAGCUGUCCCAGGAAGACCCUUAUCAGCACUUUAGUGAUCCCAAUUCCCCGUGCUUUAACAAGAUGAGAUAGGAGCUGAUAACUAUAUGUAUCAACAGACCAAAACCGAAGGUGGAACCUCCAAAAGAGGUCCAAUAGAAGGCCAAGAGGAUGCGGCCCUGGCACCUCAGGGGU